GGCGACCAGUCGGACAGUAGGUGGACGAGGAUAUGGUCGACGUGCCUUGCGCCUUGCCUGUUCCCUGAGCUGGCACUGCCCUCGACGUUCCAGUUUGUGCCGCGACUUCCCUGCGCAGUCAUCACGCUGACGACCGAGCUCAUCAUCACCUUCUUAUGCACCACCACCGGCUUUCUUUCCUCCUCAGCCUCCGCCACGCUCGUCACGUCUUGUAGGCCGUGUCAUGUCCGCGAAUGUCUCGCUGACCGCGUCUACGGCAUUGCCGUCCCCUACUACCUUGGUUGAUGACCCUGUUCCAGCACAUCACGCAAACCCUGUUGUUGCAUUCAUCAUCGGCCUCUCCAUCGUAUUGCUCGCUUCUAUAUUAAACGCAGCAGGACUCAAUAUCACGAAAGUUGAUCAUGUUAGAACCAGCGCGAUACCCAAAGCAUCUAGACGAAGGGACUGGUUACGGCCACUAUGGUUAUUAGGAAUGAUAUUAUACAUACUUUCACAGCUAAUUGGCAGUACUCUGGCCCUCGAAUAUAUGCGAGCCGAAUACGUCGCACCGCUAGGCGCUACCUCGUUAAUAUUCAACUUCCUCUUCGCCCGUUUUCUCGUUGGCACCCCCGUCACGAACAACGACAUCUACGGGACGAUCAUCGUCAUCCUCGGCGUCAUCGGCAUCGUCGCGUUUGGUUCCAUCAACAGCGGCCUCGCCCAAGAAACCGACAUACAUCGCCUUGCCUACCUCUGGUCGCGCGGCAACUGGCUUGCCUACUUCUUUUUCAUGUCAUUCGCCCUCAUCGCACUGGUGAUCUUCACCUCCUCGCUUGACGCUGUUCUUGCUGCCCGUUCUGACCUGAGCGCAGAACCCUUCGCCGGGAUGAGCACCAGGCGGCCGGUGGAGAUUUCGUCGGCCACAGGCUUCUUUGGCAAGACCAUGGCGUACCGCAAUCGCGCAAUGCUCUGGGUGAAAGAGCGUCUGGAAGUCUGGACAGCUCCGAAGGACGACAAGCUCAUCGCCUGGACCCUUGGCAUCGGCUGGGCGUGUUGCGGAGGAGGCCUCGCAGGUGGAUGCCUUGUGUUCGCUAAAGCAACUGUGAAGCUCGCCUCGGGAAGCCUUUCGCACGAAAACACUGGCAAUCAGUUUGGCCAUCCUGCCGCUAUCUUCACGAUGAUCAUACUGGCCGUCACUGCGGUGUCUCAGAUCAUCUGCCUGAACCGGGGGCUCAAGGUGUAUGAUUCUACCCUUGUCGUCCCGGUAUUCUACGGAGUAUACACUGCGCUUGGCUUCCUGGAUUCCUUGAUAUUUAACGAUUCAGUGGACGCGUACCAGAACUGGGCUCUGUUCUUUAUCUUCGCGUCCAUAGUCGUCCUCAUUUCUGGCGUCGUCCUUCUUACGCACAAGAAGCCCGAAGCCGGUGCUACUCACCGGGCGCAGGUUGGAUCCGUUCCCUCGCGCAAGCGGGCGAACAAGGCUAAGGCCGGCGAUGGCGACUCUGAAGAGGAAGAGGCGCUCAGGACAACCGAGGAAGGCGAAGGCGAGGAUAACCACGUCAUGUGGCAGAUUGGAGACGCGAGCGACGACGAAGACGAGCAAAACGCGGGCGGGUCGGGUUCCAAUGUCCGUGAGCCAACGGCCUCGCGCGGCGUCGGUUCGGCGUACCCAGAGAGGCGGGAGGGUGUGGGGUUGAUGAAGGACGUAGACCACGGUCAGGAAGGCGCAGGAGACGAGGAGGCCGAGCAUGAUGUGCAGCGAACUGGCCGUCAUAGACAUCGGCGGUCAGCAUCGUCAGAAGCCACCAUUGCUGUGUUCACGCCUCAAGGUGGAGGCGACGCGGAAGAGUUUGGAGAGUGGAAGGAUGGAUGAACGCAUAACAACGUUGACCAUACUGUAACAUAUCUGCAUACUACCGUCCCCCUGUGACAAACCCUAAUAGUUCAUUCAUUCUCCGUUCUUGCACCAUAUAUAAGAGAUGCAACGUCCCCACCACACCAUGCUUGAGAUAUUGGGCGGCCGGCGGCUGCUGGAUAGCGAUAUUGCCCGACGGUAACAUCCGCCAAAGACGGGCAGGCCGUGCGCCAGGCAGCUACUACGGCAUCGACGCUUGCACGCUCAACACCGAUUGGUGGCAAGUUCACUGUGGAGAGGUAUUUGAGUGGGCAGAGAGAUUGAGCCAGUCGCUCGACCCCUCCUUCCACAUCAGGGGAGAUGUUCAACAAAGGCGGGAUAUUGUUGAUGUCAAGCUCGCGCAGUUGUGGUAGGCGGCAUGCGACCGACUCAAGGAUCGUCAGUAACUGAAGCAGGGAGAAAAUGCGGCCCGAUUUCAGUCGGAGGAUGUUGAUGUGAGCAGCGGAGCGUUUGAAGUAGCCUUGAUAAACCUCCCAAGGCAGUGGAUGGAUAUCGAGACGCAGCUCUUGUACGGGUCGUUUGUCAAGCAGCUGCCGAAGAGGGCCCGCCUCGCCCUCGCAGUAUCCGAUUUCGGUAUAGCUCAGGAGCCGUAGCCGUGGCGCAGCGUCGUGAGACAGGUGAAAGGGCGGUUCUUCGAUGGAAAGCUGCGGCAAGACCCUGACGAUAUACAGCUUCUCGAGCAGUUUCUGACCAUUCAAGAAGCGGGAGAAACCUUCGUCGCAGUGUAGGGUUGCUUUGAGCUUCCUCAGGGAGAAAGGAUACCAUUCAUCUAGAGAGAAGUAAUGCCAGCAGUACAUCGCGAGUUCCUGGAGACGAUGGAGACGCAUGAGCACCGAAUGGAUCAAAGCUGUGAGCUUUUCUCCGUCCUUCAGGGUUUUGGCGGUCACGCAUAUCACGAGGGAGCGGACGCAGG